GUGCUGCUCAACGUGGGCGGCUGGAUGCUGGACAACGCUCGUAGCGAGAGCGCGGCGCGCUUGGCCCUGCAGCUGGACGACUACGGGCGCCCGCCUGAGAGCGUCGAGAUGAUGAUCGGCAACAUGCAGCCGCCAGUGUCGGGCGUGCGCGGCUCCGCCUCGCGCGACUGGAAUGUCGUCUUUGCCCCCGGUGAGCUCGGGCUCGUCGCGCAGACCGGCCAGGUGGCCGCCGCGCCGGUGCAGACGGCUUUCAAGCAGGGCAGUGGCCGCCGGCCUGGCGUCGUCGAGCCCAAGACCCCGCUCUUUCGCAACCUGACCUUUGCGCAGUGCGAGCGGGACUUCAGGGCUGCCGCCACAGCUUUCAACUACUGA